AGCUCGUGGGUCCUUCCGGCUGCCCUGCCCGAACUCCCGGCCCCACGUUGGGGCCGCGCUCCCUCCCCACUACCCGUCUCCCAGCAGAAAACGAAAGAAGUUGGAAUGAUGGAAGGUUUUUGAUACGACAGAGACGACCUGAAAAUCUGCUUCGUGAUGGGUGAGACAGUCUCUAGGUUUGGCUCUCAGGAUAGUGAGAGCAAAUCUAUCCUGCCCCAGGACUCAGCUGUUGGUAGUGAAGCCUCCAGUCAUUCUGUCAUCAACGGCAGCGACUCUGUUCUCUCCUGUGCGCCUUGUACAGCUGACUCAAGCUUUGUGACCUGCCCUACCUGCCAGGGGACAGGGGAGAUCCCAAGUGAGCUGGAAAAGCAGCUGGUGGCACUCAUUCCAUAUGGGGACCAGAGGCUGAAGCCCAGGAGAACGAAGCUCUACGUUUCCCUGGCUGUGUUCACCUGCCUGCUGAUGUCAGCCCUCAUCUUCUUCAUUCUGUUCCCCCGAUCCAUCGUGGUACAACCGGCUGGGCUAAGUUCUUCCAUGGUGGCUUUUAUUGAUAAUGUCAUCCUCCUUAAUGUGACGAAUGUUCUCAACAUUACCAACAACAACUACUACCCUGUCACUGUAACCUGGCUCAACAUUGAGGUACUCCACUUGUCGCUUGUCGUGGGGCACAUGGAAGAAAGCAACCUUUGGCACAUUGGCCCUUUGAGCAGUGAACAGAUAUUCUAUGCAGUCACCAGCAAGAUAGCUGAUGAAAACACAUACAACAUCUGUACCUGGUCGAAAAUCAAAGUCCAUAAUGUACUUCAGCACAUAGAGGGCACCCUGACCUGCUCCUACCUGAGCCAUACGGAGCAACUGGCUUUCCAAAGCUAUGACUACGUGGACUGUAGGGGCAAUACAUCACUCCCUCACUCGCUGGUCCCUCACCCAUCAUGAUGUUGCCUGCUGUCCACAGCUCCCUAAUCUCCUGCCUUCCUGCUAUUGCCUUCAUCUGCCAAAGGACUGGAUUCCAUUGGCUAUUUUUUUUUUCUUUUGGUCUAUGAGUGAAGAACCCAGCUUUGUUCUUCUUUCCCCACCCCCUGGAUUGCCUGUGGAAACAAGGUCCUGGCAAUUCCAGGAGCUGCUAACAGUGAUUUUGACCCGUCUCAAGGGCCUCUCACCAGACCAAAUAGUACUCAGGUUAAAAGGCUGGCCUAGGAUAUUCUCCAAGUCAGGGUCUCUGUCCCAGGGCAACUCUUUAUUCUGCUCCUCCACAGAAAAACAUAGAGGCUUCCUGUUCUUCACACACUUCAUUUUUUUUUUUAACAAAAAUUCUACACUGAGAUGAAGACACAGUGAUGGUUAGGUUCUUAGUUGUAUGUGGAGACAGCUGUGGUUUAAUGUGAAUUUUUUUUAAAAAAAUGUUUUAUUUUUAGCAAGUGCACUCUCAGUUUGCUCCUUCCUGCUAAAUGAGAGGAAGGGCUUUGGGGUCUAAUAUGCCUCAGACUAUGAGAGUUAGGGAACCCCUCUUCUUUGUGGUAGAAUCAUGUGCCUAUUCAAAAGUCUUGAUAAUGGAUCUUGGGAAAAGUUAAAUGACGGGAAAUAUAGUUACACAUUGGUAGUUAUCCUGGGCCUGUAUCUGCUGGAUUGCCUCAUUUAAGAGAGAUCCUGUGAGUUUUCUUCCUCUUAACCCCUGCCCUAUGUUCCUGGAGCAUGUGGCUAGAAACCCCUGAGCACUGAAUCAUGUGAGAGGAUUAAAAUGGCAGACAGCCAGGACCUGCCUUUCCCUUAGUACUUUGUACUCUGCCAUUGAAGGGGUUGAGCCAGCCAGUUACUGUCUGCAGCCAGGCUGCUAUAACUCUGAGGGGGGCAGUCCAGAGGUAUUCAACACAGGCCACUUGUUCCUAACUGCCCAGUAUUCCUCGCUAAGAGUUCUCUCUCCCUUUCUGCUUCAGCUAACACUCCUCCCCUGCUUUGUAAAAAUUGCCAUAUUCGAUUCCUCUGAAGCCGGUGAUGAGUCAGAUAUGAAGGCUCAGGGACAAGGGCUCCCCUGGGAUUUCCACAAAGUACAGGGAAGGCAUGGCCUUCACAGCUUUUGAAACAAUGCUGAAGCCACUUUCAAAAUAUAAAAGGAAGACAAGCAAGCAGGCAGAUCUGUGGUCUCUCCUUGGUGGUUUUAUCUCUGUUCUGUUUGAAAGGCUAACCUCAGUGGUGGAGAUAGGAGUUUUACUGCCACUGACUAGCCUUGACCUGUUACCUGAACCUGCUAAGGAGAGAAAGGGUGUCAUGGGUUGGUUUUUUGUUUUGUUUUGUUUUGUUUUUAAUCUUUUUUGGAGGGGAGGAGGGAUGGGUGGAUCCAUCUUCAAAAUGGAUUUGUCAGACAUGAGGCAGGAUACAAGGCGCUGUUGAAAACAGCCUCUCUUCUCAGAAAUAUCUGAGUUGGUCCCUCCCUUAUGUCAGGGCUUCCCUCAGACUCUUCAGGGAUCAGCUUUUCCAGAGACUUUUUGACAUUAUGAAGUUGGGGGCUGGGGGAGUAGGGGGAGAGGGAUUUAUCCUCACCCUUUCUUUCUGUUGUGAAGCCAGAAUUAAACUGAAGCCUAAAAUAAAUCGCCAAGACUGGCCUGUAAAUCAA